CCUCCCACAGAGGAAGGCGCUUGCUUGGCGAGCGGCGAAUCUGUUUUGACCGAUUGGAGGCGCGACUCCCGAGGGCAGGGAGAGCUAGAAAGGUCGAGCAGAGGCUGCGUGGCCGGCGCUCUCCACCCGGCGUAGAACAAAAGGGGGAGGGCCAUACCCGGGAGGGGGGGUUGCCUAUUCUUCCACGCACACAGCGCGCAAGUACCUCCGCGAAGCGCAUGAGCGAGGCGCGCCCCACGAGACGAGAAGCCCAGCGAGAGCUGCUGGCAGCGGCCGGGCGCCACCCAAAGUGACACGGAGGAAGGGGGCCCCAAGCAAGCGAGCGCGGAUCGUCGCUCCUCCUACGGGCAUUCUGUUGGUGUGGAAAUUAUAGCUGUUGAAGGUGGAUUGAACACGUGGAUCUGUAGGUAGUGAGCAAGAAACAUACCAUGCCCGUCCUAUCUGAAGAUUCAGGUUUGCAUGAGACGCUUGCCCUCCUGACCUCACAGCUGAGGCCUGACUCCAAUCAUAAGGAGGAGAUGGUAUUCCUGAGAGACAUUUUUAGUGAGAGAAGCCUCAGCUGCUUAAUGAAAAUUCAUGAAAAAUUGUGCCAUUAUGAACAACACAGUCCAGUCCCAGUACUGCAUAGUGCCUCUGCUCUCGCUGAAGAUGUGAUGGAAGAAUUGCAGACUGCACCGAUGAAUAAUGAUGAAAAGGAACUGCUUCAGCUGCUCUCAACUCCUCAUCUCAGGGCAAUGCUUGUUGUGCAUGAUACUGUUGCUCAGAAGAAUUUUGACCCUGUUCUUCCUCCAUUGUUGGAUAAUAUUGAUGAUGAUUUUGAUGAAGAAUCAGUGAAAAUAGUUCGCCUAGUAAAGAAUAAAGAACCUUUGGGUGCAACAAUCAGGCGGGAUGAGCAGACAGGGGCUGUGAUUGUUGCCCGCAUCAUGAGGGGAGGGGCAGCUGAUCGCAGUGGUCUUGUCCAUGUUGGAGAUGAAUUGCGGGAAGUUAAUGGAAUUGCUGUACUUCACAAACGACCGGAAGAAAUUAGCCAGAUUCUGGCUCAAUCCCAGGGAUCAAUAACACUGAAAAUUAUUCCAGGCAUCAAAGAAGAAGAUCGUCUGAAGGAUAGCAAGGUAUUCAUGAGAGCUCUCUUCUCCUACAAUCCAAAAGAGGAUAAAGCUAUCCCAUGUCAGGAGGCAGGACUACCUUUUCAGAGAAGGCACAUCUUAGAAGUAGUUAGCCAAGAUGACCCAACAUGGUGGCAGGCCAAACGUGUGGGUGACACAAACCUUCGGGCCGGUCUGAUUCCUUCUAAGCAGUUCCAAGAAAGGCGCUUAAUGUAUAGAAGGACCAUCGGUGCAUUGCACAAUUCCAGAAGUGUUACAAAGCCAUACUAUGAUCAAUCUUCUGAGAAAGAAGACUGUGACUGUGAGGGUUACUUCAAUGGACAAUACAUAGCUGGCUUGCGACGAAGUUUCCGACUGAGCCGAAAGGAGAAGCAGAGUGAUCCAAAUGAAGCCAAACAAACUGAACAAAACUCCCCUCCAGAACUUCUCACAUAUGAGGAAGUUAUCAAAUACCAGCAGCAGCCUAGUGAAAGGAAGAGACUGGUGGUUUUAAUUGGUUCUUUGGGGUCUCGGUUAAAUGAACUCAAGCAGAAAGUAGUGGCAGAAAAUCCACAAGAAUAUGGAGUUGCUGUGCCACAUACCACAAGGACCAAGAAGAGUCAUGAAAAGGAGGGUGUGGAAUACAACUUUGUUUCAAAACAAUCAUUUGAGAUUGAUAUACAGCACAACAAGUUUGUAGAACAUGGAGAAUAUAAGGAAAAUCUUUACGGGACAAGCCUGGAGGCGAUACAGUCUGUCAUGUCUAAAAAUAAAGUUUGCCUUGUGGAUGUUGUGCCUGAGGCAGUGAAGCACUUAAGGACAGCUGAAUUCAAGCCCCAUGUGGUCUUCGUAAAACCUCUUGUCUCUGAAAAGAAAAAGAACACACCAGCCACUCUGCUGACAGAGGACAUCUUUGUUCCCCUUGAUGAGGAGCAGCAAGAGAUGGUGAACUCAGCAGCCUUCAUUGAGGAACAAUAUGGCCACUUAAUCGAUAGUGUCCUGGUGAAGGAAGAUCUCCAGAGUGCCUGCAGCCAAUUGAAAACCAUAUUGGAGAAACUGAACACAGACUGCUUUUGGGUGCCUGUCUCUUGGAUCAAGUUGUAGUCAGCCAUGUUAUGCCAAAAAAGAUGAUUUAUUCCUGUUUGAUGAUAAUAAUUUGUAAAUAGAAUGGAUGGUUAAAAAGGGAAAAUACUGCAGCAGCAGCCAGCUUGUUUGAAAAGCUGGAAAGAGAAUCUGUCUGCAACUAAAACCAUAUUCUGAUUAAUCGCUUCCUCUACAAGAAUGGAAUGAAAAAUUGCACGAUACAAUCCAGGGUAUUUGUUUGCUUUUAGACAGCAGUUCUAAAGACAGAGAUUCAAACUGUGGUCAUCUUGACAAAGAUUAAAUAGCUGGGAAACAUUACAGAGCAAAAUAUGUCAACUCUGAAACUUCCACAAUCAAUAAUAAAUGAGAGAGUCCUUCAAUUAAGGGUUAUAAUGUCAGAUAAUACAAUAAUAAAACUUCUCCGCUCUUCCUAUUGGUUGGCCAAGCAGAAUCAAAAGAGCAAUUAGAAGUGACGGUUGAUACUUUACUAGAAGAUAAGUCUUCCUGGCCACCUGCAAAGGCUUUAAUAAUUUUGUGUGAAAAUUAGCCAUGCUGUAUAUUCUCUCUAUAUAACUAUAUUUUGAGACAUCAAUAAUUUAGUGGGAUUUUCUCCUGGGAUUAUUUUAGUAAACUGUCUAAGUAAUGUGUUAAAUUAUGAAGUCAAGGCAUUGGAAAGUGUCUCAGUUCUAAUCAAAGGACCACAAAUUCCUCACGAGAAAAGCUGAAAAAGCACUUCUCCUCUAUUUCUACAUUGUUAUGGGCUGUAAAUGCUGAGGUAUCUGUUUUGUAGGCCAAUAAGUUACCCAUUUUAGGUCAGCUUUAAUUUAGGCAAGUGGUCUGAAUUUUUAAAAGUGCAAAGGAUGUUUGACAUAAGCUCGACCUUGCCGAAUGAUAGCUGAAGAUCUUUGGGAAUCAGGAUUAUCCAAUGUCCAAGCCUGUCCGUGACUAGCAUAAUACUGGAUUUGCUGUGCAAACAUAGAAUUGGAUGCAGAGUUUAGCAUCCAGAAAUUCACUUUAAAGGCCAAGCAAAAUUUCAGUUCUUCCAAUGAUUGAAAAUGUAUAGUUUUUGUUUGCUUUUCUGGACUUGGUAAACAUCUGAAGUGGAACAUCUUUCAAUUCUAAGAAUUGAGGUGAAGGAACAUCAGAACUCUGAAGCACCAUAGCUAGCCUUUUCCAGAACUCCAUAUUCAGUAUGAUUGGGGCAUCAUAAACACAUCCAAGUCUUCUACCAUGCUUUUCUUUGUUUAAUUCUUCUUGUAGAAUGAUAAUUUUUUUUUGCAGAUAAUGUUGCUUUAGUGAUUAAAAGGGAGGGCUAGUUCUUGUGAGAAAGGGCUUGACUUUUCUGUAUUUUUCUUUUGUUUUCUGUACUGGUUUUUCUGUUCCACUAUGUUUUUUUGUGAAUUUCUUUGUAAAGAAAAUAUUUCCCAUUGGAAAAAAUAAUCAUCAAUCUUCCUAGAACUCUUCUAUAGCUUAUACCACAGCAUUUAUCACCAGUCUGUCUUUUAAAGCAGAAAUUAUUGAUGUACUUAUUUAAUUCUGUAGUUUUAAAAUUGUGAAGAAAGUUGGGGCUUUGUUUAAAAAAAAUUAUCAUUGAUAUUGAUUGACUGAUUAUGGGUCAUCAAGUUGGUGUCAGAUCUUAGCAACCAUAUAGAUAAUUUCUCCAGGUGGAUCUGUUCCCAGGAUACUGUAGGUCUUCAGAUAUUCCAAUGGUGUAAUGUAAUCCAUCACUGAAGUACCUGAGUCCAUCUCCUUGUUGCUGGUCAUUGUUUUUCUUUUCAUCGUUCUCAAUAUUACAGCUUCUCCAAGAGCCAGAUGUCUUCAUAUGUCCAAAGUAGCAUAACUUGAGCCUGAUCAUUUGUGCUUUGACUAAUAUAUCAUUAAGAUUGAUAAUACUGGGUCAGAAGUGUCAAAUUCGUGUCAUCACAUCAUCACAUGAUAUAUCGCGGCUUUUCCCCCCUUUGCUAAAAUGGGAGUGGGCAUGGCCAGCGCAUGAUGCAUCCAGCCUGCAGGCCACGAGUUUGACACCCAUGUACUAGGUGAACGUCUCUGGAAAACAGCUGGCUCACCAUUAUUAAUCUUUCUGUGAAUGAAACAAGGUUCUAGGACAUGCUGUCAAUUGAUGUGACAGGCUGGUAGAGUUUGAGAGAUCUAGCUAGCACCUGACAAAAGGUGAAGGUAUAUGUUCACUUUAUAUAUUGUAUGUAUGUGUUAUAAUAUGGUAAUUGCAUUUAUCCUAUACAAGUAUGAGAGAGAGACAUAUAGCUUGGAAUGCAAGGAAUUUCCCCCUACCCUCCCAAUUUCUCUCUGAACCCUUCAUGCCUAAAAUAAAAAUUCCCCUUUGGUAUCAAAUA